CGCAACUGCCCCCCCCCCCAGUUUUCUUUCACAUUAAUUAAAAAUCUUAUCACGAAGAUCACUUAAGUAUAUGUAAUUGUAUUUAAUUUCAGUCACAAAUCAGCAUCUUCAAAAUGACGAGGAUUUUGACGGCUUGCAAAGUGGUGAAGACCCUGAAGUGUGGUUUGGGCUUUACGAACGUGACGGCGCCCCAUCAAUGGACACUUUCAAGACCUGGCCUCAGGCUCCUUUCGGUCAAGGCACAGACCGCACACAUCGUCCUGGAAGAUGGAACGAAGAUGAAGGGCUACUCCUUCGGACAUCCGUCCUCGGUGGCUGGUGAAGUCGUGUUUAAUACCGGCCUGGGAGGGUACCCUGAAGCUAUCACUGACCCUGCCUACAAAGGACAGAUUCUCACAAUGGUCAACCCUAUUAUUGGGAAUGGGGGAGCCCCAGACACUGCUGCACUGGAUGAACUGGGAUUGAGGAAAUACAUGGAGUCCGAUGGUAUUAAGGUGGCAGGUUUGCUGGUUCUGAACUACAGUGACGAGUACAACCACUGGCUGGCCGCCAAGAGUCUGGGGCAGUGGCUCCAGGAAGAGAAGAUUCCUGCAAUUUAUGGAGUGGAUACAAGAAUGCUGACUAAAAUAAUUCGAGAUAAGGGGACCACGCUUGGGAAGAUUGAGCUUGAAGGUCAGUCUGUGGAUUUUGUGGAUCCAAGCAAGCAGAACUUGAUCGCUGAGGUUUCAACCAAGGAUGUCAGAGUGUUUGGCAAAGGAAACCCCACAAAAGUGGUGGCGGUAGACUGCGGGAUCAAAAACAACGUAAUCCGCCUACUGGUUAAGAGAGGAGCAGAAGUACAUUUAGUGCCCUGGAAUCACGAUUUCACCAAGAUGGAGUAUGAUGGACUUUUAAUUGCUGGUGGACCUGGGAACCCUGCUCUGGCCGAGCCGCUGAUUCAGAAUGUCAAGAAGAUCUUGGAGAGUGAUCGCAAAGAACCUUUGUUUGGAAUCAGCACAGGAAACAUAAUAACAGGACUGGCUGCGGGUGCCAAGUCCUACAAGAUGCCCAUGGCCAACAGAGGGCAGAACCAACCGGUUUUGAAUGUCACAAACAGACAGGCUUUCAUUACUGCCCAGAAUCACGGCUAUGCUCUGGACAACACCCUCCCAGCUGGCUGGAAGCCACUGUUUGUGAAUGUCAACGAUCAAACCAAUGAGGGCAUCAUGCAUGAGAACAAACCCUUCUUUGGGGUGCAGUUCCACCCAGAGGUCAGCCCGGGGCCAACAGACACUGAGUACUUGUUUGACUCCUUUUUCUCGCUGAUAAAGAAGGGGAAAGGCACCACCAUCACAUCCGUUCUGCCAAAGCCGGCACUCGUUGCAUCUCGAGUGGAGGUUUCCAAAGUCCUUAUCCUAGGAUCAGGAGGUCUGUCCAUCGGUCAGGCUGGUGAAUUCGAUUACUCAGGAUCUCAAGCUGUAAAAGCCAUGAAGGUGAGAGACGCUGGAGUGGAGCUAUUCAAGAGAGGAGUACUCAAGGAGUAUGGCGUCAAAGUCCUGGGAACCUCAGUUGAAUCCAUUAUGGCCACAGAGGACAGACAGCUCUUCUCAGACAAACUAAAUGAGAUUAAUGAAAAGAUUGCUCCAAGCUUCGCAGUAGAGUCGCUUGAAGAUGCCCUGAAGGCAGCAGACACCAUUGGCUACCCAGUAAUGAUCCGCUCGGCAUACGCCCUGGGAGGGCUCGGCUCAGGCAUCUGCCCCAAUAAGGAGACCCUUAUAGACCUCAGCACAAAGGCCUUUGCGAUGACCAACCAGAUUCUGGUGGAGAGGUCGGUGACAGGUUGGAAAGAAAUAGAAUAUGAAGUGGUUCGAGAUGCUGAUGACAACUGUGUUACAGUCUGUAACAUGGAGAAUGUGGAUGCCAUGGGCAUUCAUACAGGUGAUUCUGUUGUGGUGGCCCCUGCCCAGACACUGUCCAAUGCCGAAUUUCAGAUGUUGAGACAGACUUCAAUUAAUGUUGUCCGUCACUUGGGCAUUGUGGGCGAAUGCAACAUUCAGUUUGCCCUUCAUCCUACCUCAAUGGAGUACUGCAUCAUUGAAGUGAAUGCCAGACUGUCCCGGAGCUCCGCCCUGGCUUCAAAGGCCACCGGUUACCCGUUGGCAUUCAUUGCUGCAAAGAUCGCCCUGGGCAUCCCACUUCCAGAAAUCAAGAAUGUUGUAUCCGGAAAGACCUCCGCCUGCUUCGAGCCUAGCCUGGACUACAUGGUUACAAAGAUUCCUCGCUGGGAUCUUGACCGUUUCCAUGGAACCUCCAGCCGUAUUGGGAGCUCUAUGAAAAGUGUAGGAGAGGUCAUGGCCAUUGGUCGGACCUUUGAAGAGAGUUUCCAGAAGGCUUUGCGAAUGUGUCACCCAUCUGUAGAUGGCUUCACUGCCCGUCUACCCAUGAACAAAGACUGGCCAUCCAAUCUCGAGCUCAGAAAAGAGCUGGCUGAGGCAUCCAGCACCCGCAUCUAUGCCAUUGCCAAGGCCUUGGAAGACAAAAUGUCCCUUGAUGAGAUUCAGAAGCUUACAUCCAUCGAUAAGUGGUUUUUGUUUAAGAUGCGUGACAUUCUAAGCAUGGAGCACACACUGAAAGGGCUCAAAAGCGAGUCCAUUACAGAAGAAACACUGAGAAAGGCAAAGGAAAUUGGGUUCUCAGACAAGCAGAUUUCAAAAUGCCUUGGGCUGACAGAAGCCCAAACCAGGGAUCUGAGGUUGAAGAAAAAUAUCCAUCCUUGGGUUAAACAGAUUGAUACGCUGGCUGCUGAAUACCCAUCAGUAACAAACUAUCUCUAUGUCACCUACAAUGGCCAGGUAAGAAUUGUCAAUUUCUCUAGUCACUUUGUGCCUCUCUUACCCGCUCUCACGCUCUCUGCAGGCAGCAGUGUGGAAUUUGAUUGGUGUGCUGUCUCCAGCAUCCGCACGCUGAGACAGCUUGGCAAGAAGACCGUGGUGGUGAAUUGCAACCCCGAAACUGUGAGCACGGACUUUGAUGAAUGCGACAAACUGUACUUUGAAGAGUUGUCCUUGGAGAGAAUCCUAGACAUCUACCAUCAGGAGGCCUGUGGUGGUUGCAUCAUAUCUGUUGGGGGCCAGAUUCCAAACAACCUGGCCGUCCCUCUGUACAAGAAUGGAGUCAAGAUCAUGGGCACGAGCCCUCUACAGAUUGACAGGGCUGAAGACCGCUCCAUGUUCUCUGCUGUCUUGGAUGAGCUGAAGGUGGCUCAGGCCCCAUGGAAAGCUGUCAAUACGUUGAACGAGGCGCUGGAAUUUGCAAACUCCGUGGGCUACCCCUGCUUGUUGAGGCCUUCAUAUGUUUUGAGUGGGUCUGCCAUGAAUGUGGUGUUCACCGAGGACGAGAUGAAGAAAUUCCUAGAGGAGGCCACUCGAGUCUCGCAGGAACACCCAGUGGUGCUGACAAAAUUUAUUGAGGGCGCCCGGGAAGUAGAGAUGGAUGCUGUUGGCAAAGAUGGAAGGGUCAUCUCUCACGCCAUCUCUGAGCAUGUGGAAGAUGCAGGCGUCCACUCAGGAGAUGCUACUCUGAUGCUGCCCACCCAAACCGUCAGCCAAGGAGCCAUUGAAAAGGUGAAGGACGCCACCCGGAAGAUUGCCAAGGCUUUUGCCAUCUCUGGACCCUUCAAUGUUCAAUUUCUCGUAAAAGGAAAUGAUGUCUUGGUGAUAGAGUGCAACUUGAGAGCGUCUCGGUCCUUCCCCUUCGUAUCCAAGACACUCGGCGUCGACUUCAUUGAUGUGGCCACCAAGGUGAUGAUUGGAGAAAAUAUCGAUGAGAAACCACUUCCAACACUGGAUCAUCCCAUAAUUCCUGCUGACUACGUUGCAAUUAAGGCUCCAAUGUUUUCCUGGCCCCGGCUGAGGGAUGCUGAUCCCAUUCUACGGUGUGAGAUGGCGUCUACUGGAGAGGUGGCGUGCUUUGGUGAAGGGAUUCAUACAGCUUUCCUGAAGGCAAUGCUUUCCACAGGGUUUAAGAUCCCCCAGAAAGGCAUCCUGAUUGGAAUCCAGCAAUCAUUCCGUCCACGGUUCCUUGGGGUGGCUGAGCAGUUGCACAAUGAAGGCUUCAAGCUCUUUGCCACAGAAGCCACUUCAGACUGGCUCAAUGCCAACAACGUCCCUGCCACCCCUGUGGCUUGGCCAUCGCAGGAAGGACAGAACCCCAGCCUCUCUUCCAUCCGAAAGCUGAUUAGAGAUGGAAGCAUUGACCUGGUCAUUAACCUCCCCAAUAACAAUACCAAGUUUGUCCAUGAUAAUUACGUGAUUCGGCGGACAGCUGUUGACAGUGGAAUUGCUCUCCUCACUAAUUUCCAGGUGACCAAACUUUUUGCUGAAGCUGUGCAGAAAUCGCGCACCGUCGACUCCAAGAGUCUGUUUCACUACAGGCAGUACAGCGCUGGGAAGGCAGCGUAGCCCAGUGUCCUCGUCUGCCCCGGGCUUAAAUCUGCCUCCAUAGGUUGAUCUCAAGAAAGAGAUCUCCGGCUUCCUUUCCAGAGAUGAAUUUCGAUAGGAAACUUUGUUUGCGUGUACGCUCUUAUGCCUUGAUAGCCUGUACCUUUCACAAUUAAAUUGUUGUCUGUCACUCUUUCCGAACCUCUCACUCAGAGUCCUUCCUAGGUGACUUGUGGGUCAUGAGAAUGCCUCCAUUUUUGAUAGACCAAGUUCAUCUACACACUUUGCAGCUAACAUUUUAUGGUGCUGAUUUGAUGAUCGACCUGGAAGAAAUUGCUGCCUUGUCUUUCAAACUCUAUGCAGUCAGUCAUGGGUUACGUACACGAUCUGCCCUACCAUAGAUCUUUAAGGCAAAUUUGUAGGUAAGUCAGAACAGGUGCAUAUAUUUUUUGUUUUUUGUUUUUUUAAAUCAGAAACAACUCAGUAGACCAAUUAGUGCGAGAAAGUGCUCAAAGUCUUCACAACAGUUUUAAAGCGGCACAUGCAGCAAGUGAAGGGUGAUUGUGAUCCAGCAUUUAUUGCAAGUGGGGAUUGGCUCAAUCAUUUCAAAAUGCCGGCAGCCUCACACGUCCUAUUAAAGGGAAAGUGCACGCUGUCCUUAAGCCUGACAUUCGUGACCCCGGGACAUCACCGGACACUGCUCUCAUAGCAUCCUCUUGACUCCAGGCAUUUAAAAAACAACAGACCACUAUAACAUUUUUACUAAAAUUAAAUAUAAAUUUAAGUUAUGAACUCCUCCAUUAUGAUCCUCUUUUGGAUAAUCAUUUAGAACUUUCUGAUAUAUCCCAACCCUUCCAAAGGUACUGAAUUUGAGACUUGUAACAGAACAUUUUAACCUAUGGAAUGCUUUACAGGACUGGUUUGAUGUUUUUUGAGUGUCACGUCAUGAGAGACAUGCAGUGGCUGGGGCUUUAGUUCCUGACCAUUCACCCGUAGCCGGGUCUAACUAGGGCCAUUUGUUCUGAACCUGGUCUACAUGGAAUCUUCAGCUUUUUGCCACCUCCACUUAACCCCAUAUUUUGGAAUAACUUGGAGCUUAUGCUUAUUCCCCUAACAUUAUAGAUUUUGCUUAUCUCCUGAACCCUACAAUGCAUUGCACAUACUUUAAACUCAAAGUUCCCACUUCUUCUAUAGGCAACUAAUUUCUUCUUAUGUGGCCGUCUUUGUUGCUUUUAAACUUUUUGUGUUACUACAAGUGCUUUAAUUGUUAACUUUUCAAUAAAAUACUAUUGAGACAA